GCGAGUCAGAAAUACCGAGCGUCAAUUCGAUGAAUUGGGAGCUAUAAGAGUCUCGCCUACGACCACUUCGGAUGCUACUUCACCUCCUCACCGAACUUCCUUAUGGCUGAGGAAGAACGAGGGAGCAAGAAACGCAGGCUUCAGAAUGCGUGUGAUGAGUGUCGGAGAAGGAAAAUUCGUUGUGACAGUGCGACUUCGCUGGGAAACGUUUGCUCGAACUGUAUCGCCUUGAAUACUGAAUGUACACAUCAGCUACAGAAGAAGAAACGAGGCCCGAAGAUAGGGUGAGAGCAAUUGACCACUCAGUCCUCCCAUGACACCGAUAAUCCGCUUGAAGGCCAUCAAGGAGAACUGAUUCAGCCCGGGCCCUUGUCAACGCCAUUUUAUCUUCCUCGAAACCCUUCGUUGUCCCAGAAGAUUCAGAAACUGUCAGGGAGAUGUUGGUCGACCUUGCAAACCAUGCUCGUUCUCUGGAUAGACAACUGUCACUAGCGAGAGCUGCUGCUACCGAUACCGAUACCUCUCCCUCAACAGCUGUUUCUCCAUCUGCGUCAUACGAUACUCUUGAACCUGAAGCGGAGAGAAAUGUUCCAGAUUCCAUCGAUUCACUCGCUCAAGAACUCAGUAAGGUGUCGAUUACCCAUAGCAAACGACAUUUUGGGAAAUCGAGCAACUUUAUGCUCAUACAAUCCGCUAUGGAUGCUCGACGUGAUGUUCUUGGGGACCUCAAAUUCACGACGACGAUUUUUGUCAACCAUCAGCGGCCGGAAUUUUGGAAACCUUUCCCAUGGCAAAUAAUACCACCUCGAAGUGCAGCGCCUCCCUUCGUAUUUCCGGAAGACGACCUGCUCCAUGAUCUGGUCCAUAUCUAUUUCUCGAAUCUCAAUCCUCUCUUUCCUCUACUACAUCAACCUACUUUCGAACGCUCGAUUGCGGAAGGUUUGCACUCACGAGAUCGAUCAUUUGGAGCAACUGUCUUAGCUGUUUGUGCCGUCGCAUCUCGACAGUCAAACGACCCACGCAAUUUCUGUGAAGGCACAACUUCGGCACAUAGUCUAGGAUGGAGAUGGUUUUGUCAGGUUCCCCUCGUGCGCGAGUCGUUUACUGAACCCCCGUCGUUGUACGACCUUCAGCUUUGUAGUCUGUCAGUCUUUUACUUGCAAACAACAUCAACGCCAGAGGCUGCUUGGGUGGUGGUUGGGAUCGGUAUCCGAUCCGCUCAGGAAAUGGGUAUACAUACAAGAAAUUCCCAUCAUCGAAAUCCGGUCGAGAACGAGCUGUGGAAACGUGCAUUUUGGACGCUCAUAUCGAUCGAUGUGUUCAUGAGCGCGUUUGUGGGUCGACCGCGCGCAACAACACCUGAUGAUUUCGAUGUCGAUCUACCGAUUGAAUGUGACGAUGAAUAUUGGGAGAUUGAUGACCCGCAAAAAGCAUUUGUACAACCGGAGGGAAAACCAUCGGUCCUGUCGUUCUUUGUGACUUUUCUCAAGCUUCUAGACAUCGUCGGAUUCGCUCAACGUACUCUGUAUGCGGUUCGUAAGUCUGAGCUUUGGUCGGGAAUGGGGGUCUCAGGAAUCGACUUCAGAAGAAAGGCAGUCAUGGAGCUCGAUUCUGCCCUGAACAAGUUCCUAGAUACCAUACCGAAUCAUCUCAGGUGGAAUUCUGAAAAUCCUGAUCCCGUUUUCUUCCAACAAUCGGCGAUGCUUUACGCGACUUACUACUGGGUGCAGAUUCAAGUGCACCGCCCUUUUAUUCCUCGACCUGGGCAAGAGUCAGUCUUACCUUUCCCUUCCCUCACGAUAUGCUCGAAUGCCGCCCGGGCAACCGUUAAUAUGCUGGAAAUACUGCAUUCCCGGAGGGAGAUGGGAAUGGUCGCUCUUGAAAUAUUCCCGAAUACACUCACGCCCUUGUUUGCCUCUGCAUUGAUUCUCCUCGUCAACAUAUGGCGUCCGAAACGAGGUUAUUCGUCUCCCUGCGAGUCAGCAAAGGAAAUGACGGAUGUGUAUCGAUGCCUGAAAUUGAUUCAGAAUCAUGAGUCGAGAUAUCAAACAGCCGGUCGUAUACUGGAUCUCCUCAACGCGGUUAUCACUAUCGGUCAACUGCCGAAAACUAGGGAAUUAAAACGUCCAAGAAGCCCAGGAGACGAAGAAGAGCGAAGACCCGCACCCGUACCGUCUCAUGCUCAAAGGGUGCUAGAGGAUCUCCAUGACGUGAUGCAUAGUGGGCGAUCGAGUUACAGCAAGCCAGAGAGCUCAACUCCAACUACUUUGUCAUGGAACGACCUUCCUAUCGUGUCGCAGACCUACUCCGGUGUUGGUGCUUCUGCGUCGUCGUCAUCAUCACCAGCAAGUUACACGAACGUCGUCCAAGAUAGAUGUGGGAUCUUCAAUCCUGAUCCCAUUCAACUUCAACCUCAGCCUAUCAACACGGACUUUACCGGUCUGGCGAUUCCGAUCGGUGGGGACGACCCUCAAAUGUUUGUUAAUCCGGCCGCAUCUCAGUUUGUGCUGCAGCCCGGCGGUUUGCCAGAUCUAAUGGGGGACACGGCAUUGACUUCCGAGGGGUCAGGGAAUGUUGACUUUACACAAGAAGAUUGGGACUCCUUCAUGGCCAGUGUCGGAGAUUUGGUGACAGGAACGAUGGAGUACAGUGCGUUUUGAAGAGCAAGAGAACCAACAUGACUCAAUAUCGCGGUAAGUUGAUGCACAUAGUGCACAAUUACACGAAUAGUAUCCUGGCCUUAACGAGACUAUCAAAGUAAUAAAGUAAAGUAUGUAUUGCAUACUAAUAUGAGAACAAACCUUACUCUCCA